AAGAGCCGCUCGCGGCGAUCGCAUAGCCGAGGCGCUCAAACGAUCGCACAUCGUGGCCGUCGCCGUCGUAGACCGUGGACUCAACACUCAUUCCCAUUCAUAUUCAGUCAGUCUUUGACGAAGCGUCGCAGUUGUCAUCGCAGCGGGCACUGUGGUUACGGCUACUGUUUCGGACUCUGAAUCGGAUUCUGAUUUAACUCUGUGCUGUUCUGUUCUCGUCUGUUUAGCUGAUUCCUUCGGUAUCGGGUCGGGUCUCGGGCAACGCAAGCACACACGUCUAUAUACAUAUAUAUAUAUAUAUAUAUAUAUAUCCAAAUAUUUCUAUCGAACGGAUACGGAUGCAGUUUUGAUUACACACAAGCACAACCACGCACACACACGCACACUCGACGCACAACAAUAGGCAGUCAGCAAUUACGAAUCUCCAGUACGAGUGCAAAAGUGCAAUGUCUGGGUGUGAUUAAAAAAUCAAGUUGAGCAUAUUCUAUUGUUUUCGGAACCAUGACGAGAACAACACUACCAACAACAACAACAACUACUACUGCGGAACGGAGCUUCUAAUUUUGAUUAGAAAGGCAGCCAGAGAAGGAGACAAAGAGAGAGAGAGAGAGAGAGAGAGAGAACGAGAGUGAGCGAGAGGGAACGAAAAUAUGCAGCAAUAAAGAGCUUUAAAUAUCAACAAAAAUAUAUUAUCAAUGUGCAAUAUAGCUAAAAUAUUUAUAAAAUAUUCUAGAAGAAAGAAAAUACCAAUUAGUUCUAUCUAUAUAUUAUAAUUGAAAACCAAUUCAAAUGCCGGUUAGUGAUAAUAGUCUUACUUAUAUAUAUACAUACAACCAAACAUACAUACCAUACAUGUGUUAUGCAGUGCAAUAUGUUCGCCCAUAAAUAAAUUCAGUUAACUUGGUGGAGCAAAGAAAUGCCUAAAAUGCUAACUAAAACUCUAUUAACAACAACGAAACGGAUCUGCUUUUGGAUUUAAAAGUAAUACAAACAUAAGCGUCCAAUGGUAAUGGCCGUGAUACUGUUGCUCGCCCUGGCACUCGUACUCGGUUGCUAUUGCGCGAUCCAUAGGCAAAAGAUCAGUGCGAUUUAUCUGAAGCCGCUGCUGAAGAACACGCCCUUCGAGGACUGCUACCAUGCGACGCCCAUCGAGCAGCGGAAGCGGCGCAGCAUCUGGGAUAUACCUGGGCCGCAGCGUAUUCCCUUCCUGGGCACCAAGUGGAUAUUCCUCGUAUUCUUCCGACGCUACAAAAUGACGAAGCUGCACGAGGUCUAUGCAGAUCUGAAUCGUCAGUAUGGCGAUAUUGUGCUCGAGGUGAUGCCCUCGAACGUGCCCAUCGUGCAUCUGUAUAACCGCGAAGAUCUGGACAAGGUGCUCAAGUACCCGAGCAAAUAUCCCUUUCGUCCGCCCACCGAAAUCAUCGUCAUGUAUCGGCAGUCGCGGCCCGAUCGCUAUGCGAGCGUGGGCAUUGUGAACGAGCAGGGGCCGAUGUGGCAUCGGCUGCGCUCCUCCCUCACCUCCAGCAUCACUUCGCCGCGCAUCCUGCAGAACUUUCUGCCCGCUCUGAACGCCGUCUGUGAUGAUUUCGUGGAGCUGCUGCGCGCCAAGCGUGAUCCCCAGACUCAGAUCGUGGCCAACUUCGAGGAGCUGGCGAACCUGAUGGGCCUGGAGGCCGUCUGCACGCUCAUGCUGGGCAGGAGAAUGGGUUUCCUGAGCGUCAAUACCAAGCAGCCGGAGAAGAUCAGCCAACUAGCGGCGGCCGUCAAGCAGCUGUUCAUCUCCCAGCGCGACUCGUAUUAUGGCCUGGGCCUCUGGAAAUACUUUCCCACGAAGACCUAUCGGGAGUUCGCGCGCGCCGAAGACUUGAUCUAUGAUGUCAUCUCGGAGAUCAUCGACAACGAGCUGGAGGAGCACAAGAAGUCGGCGGCCUGCGAGGAUGAAGACGCUGCCGGCCUGCGCAGCGUAUUCCUUAAUAUACUCGAGCUGAAGGAGCUGGACAUUCGGGACAAGAAGUCGGCCAUAAUUGACUUUAUAGCCGCGGGCAUUGAAACGCUAGCCAACACCCUCCUUUUCGUGCUCAGUUCCGUGACUGGAGAGGAAUCGGCUAUACCGCGUAUAUACGAAGAGUUUCGUGAGUAUCGUGACACGAACAUUCUGCAGGACGCGCUGACGAAUGCCACAUACACGAAGGCCUGCAUUCAGGAAUCCUACAGGCUGAGACCCACCGCCUUCUGCCUGGCACGCAUUCUUGAAGAGGACAUGGAGCUCUCCGGCUACUCCUUGAAUGCGGGCACGGUGGUGCUGUGCCAGAACAUGAUCGCCUGCCACAAGGACUCCAACUUCCAGGAGGCCAAGCAGUUCUGCCCCGAGCGCUGGAUUGACGCCAGCUCCGGCAACUUCACUGUGAACGUGGACAGUGCCAGCAUUGUGGUGCCCUUCGGUGUGGGUCGACGCACGUGUCCCGGCAAGCGAUUCGUCGAAAUGGAGGUGGUGCUGCUGCUGGCCAAGCUCGUGUUGGCCUUCGAUGUGAGCUUCGUGAAGCCGCUGGAAACGGAAUUCGAAUUCCUUCUGGCACCGAAAACGCCGCUGAGCCUGAGGCUGCGCGAUCGGGAGUUAUGAAACCUACUGAUCAGAGGCGUUUAUGUUGCAAGUAAACCCCGAAGGUAGGAACUGAUAUGGCGCUUGUAAAUUGGAGCUUAAGAGUUUUCAGAAAACUUUCCUUAAAACCAAAAAUUUAACUGUGGAUCGAUUGCAGUCGUACCCUUACAGCGAAUUAUAUAUUCACCGUGCAAAUUGCGUAAGGCGUAACAUAUCACCUAGCUUCUGUCAGGCAUUUGCAUUUAACAUUUCAGCCGCAAAGUAUGCUUUAAUUUUUUCCAAUAUGCGAGCGACAUUCGUAUAUGAAACGAGUAUAUAAUAGAAAGAUAUAUAUAGUGUAUAACCCAGAUAUCUGACAAAAAACACACCAAACUGUACAUAGAAAAAAGGUCUAGAAAGUAGAGUUCAUUUAAUAAAUAUAUAUAUAUAUAUGAAUAAAUAUCAGUUACUCAAGUCGUAGGUAGCUGUUUCAUAUACGUUCCAUUGUGUUGUUUUAGCUAGUUAUUGUUUCUCUUAAGUAGCGGCAAUUAUUUUUGUGGCCUGUAAACGGAAAGACUGUAUUUAAGUUUUGUUGUUUCAAUAUUGAGGUGGCACCUUAUGUAGUAAUAUGUAUGUAUAAUAAUUAACUAUAAACACACGAAAACAACAACAACAACAAACACUAACAACUAAUUCGUAAUGCUCUGUACAGUUAACAAACAUGUAUUUAUUCAAGUUUUCUAUUUCCUAGUUUUCUAGCUGUGUAUAUUUUUGUUAAAUCAUAAAAGAAAGACGAGAGUUAAAAACAAUUAUGAAAAAAAUAAAGUUAAGACUUUUAACUGUGUUUAUAA